AUGCUCCGUCCACACCUCUGGCCCCGGAUACACCGGGGCUUUUCAAGCCCACAUACAUCAUACGCUCCAUCUACAUCUUUACUUUCCCGUCGCUCCUUCACCAAAUCACCCAUCCUCCUUUCCAAACCCCUCCCAGCCCGCCUCAAGCUCAACGAUGCCGACCUGACAAUAUCCUACCUAAAAGGCACCGGACCCGGUGGCCAGAAGAUUGUACGCAGCCAGAGAAACCUGAUAUAUGCCCUGCAGAAUACCCCGAAAGUCACACCCCUAACAAACUUCCAGAACAAAACCAACUCCGCCGUCCAAAUCAUCCACGGCCCCUCCGGCAUCGUCGUCAAAUGCCAAGCGACGCGCUCACGCUCGCAGAACGAGAAGAUUGCGCGCUCACUAUUAGCGGAUAAAGUUGAGGCACAGGAGAAAGGAGAUCAGAGUCGGGUUGCGUUGAAGGCCGAGGCGGCCAGGAAGAAGAAGGCUAGUAAAGUUAAGAAGGCGCGGAGGAAGUAUCGGGAUUUGGAGAAGGGUGCUGAGGAGGGGGAGGUUGUGGAUGGGGAUGGGGAUGGGGAUUUUGAUGCGAACGCGAAUGUUGACGCACGGACGACUGAGACAGGCACGUCUGAGAAGAGUCCGUCAACGUGA